CGUUGCGAUGAAUAAUAUUGACAUAUUUAUUAUUUCUGUAUUGAUCUGCGGGCAUUUCAUUUAUAUGUUUUGGUGCAAUUACGCUGGACAGGAAUUAAUAAAUCACAGUGCCGAAGUAUACUAUCAGGCCUAUAAUGCACAGUGGUACAUGUCUGCUGUACACAGUCAAAAAAUGUUAAUACUGAUAUUACGCAGAAGCGCUAAACCUUUUUUAUUCAGCGUUUCUAAUAUAUUUGUGGGUUCCUUGGAAGGUUUUGGAACGCUUGUGAGUAUGUCUUUGAGUUACUUCACAGUGAUUUACUCCGUCCGAUGAAACCAAGAA